AUGCGGGAGGAGGAGGAGGAAGAAGAGGAAGAAGAUUUGGAUGGGAGGAGACGUAACCUAAAUGAAUCGGCAGGUGUCUUUUCAAUGGAUGAGGAUUCUCUGUCCCGGGACUGCGAGCCCUUCUUUGAGUCUGAUGGGGAGGAGGAGAGCACUGAUGGCUCUCUGAGUGAGGAAGCUCCUCCCCCUCCACGUGGCCUGGCAGUAGGUCACCUGGCGUCUCGCUCUUCUAAGCCCAUGGCAAUGGCUCGUUCACUGCCUGUCUCUAUACCAGUGUGGGGCUACAGGAACAACCAUGCCCCUCAGGGCGACUCUCAUAGUGGAGAACGGGUGGGCUGUACGGACCUGGACCACAUAGCUGCCAGUAUGAAAGCCCUCCUGGUCCCCGGAGCCACAGAUGGAACGGAGAUGUUUGGAGCACUGCCACGACCUCGCCUUAACACGGGCGACUUCUCUCUCAAGCACUGAGAGAAGACGAAUGUGUGCGUAUGUACUGUAUGUUUGAGCGUGAAUGAGAAGGGGUGGGGGACCGUGAGCAUGUUUGUGUGCGAAAGUGAUUUGAACAGAACUGGAGAGUUUGAUGAAUGUUUUUAACAAAGAUGUUGCCAAAUCGGAAACUUCUCCCACAUAUCAUUAGUACUUCUAUGGCACUGAAAGUGGUGAAACCUUUACCAACCCUUCACCUCUGCAGCAGGAGGAGGAGAGGUUUGAUUAGCAUGUCUUAAUUGGAGAAUUUCUUUUGGCGGAUGGUUGUGACAGACUUUAGUUACAUAGUGCAUUUCAUUGAGAAACACUAACAGAGCAAAAGUACAUUACAUUACUAAUCAUUCCCAGCAACUGUCCUCUGCAGUGUGGCAUUUACUGAUAGUAUAUGAGCCCAUUUACACGCUGAGAUACUCGCACAUCCAUCACCAGGGGAGCAUUGUACAUUAGCGAACACUACAUGUACUUGGAUAUUUAGACCGCUGCGUUCAGAUGUGAAUUCAGUAGUGUAUAUUCCACGGCAAGAUUGCCAAAGCUGACUAGAUGUUAAUGUGAAUGCUUGCAAAUGAUGUCACUUUCUGCCUGUGCACUCAUUUUUAUUUCAGAUACUGUCCUGAAGACUUUCUAAA